AUUUUGAUUCCAAUUUAAGAUCCUUAGAAAUAAAAUUUGUAUCUUUCUCUUUUUUAGAACCUAUUGACAAAAAUAAAAAACGAGUCUUUCUCUAAUUUUAGGAUUUGAUCGAUUGAUUCUACCUAAAAAAAUCAUCAUCGUCACAUUCUUUUUCCUUGUUUAUCUCCUCAAAAAUCUCUUCUUUCGUCACACUUUGUUACUAUUUUACCACAAUUCACUCUUUUCUUUGACUCAAUUCCUUCAAAUUCAUCAACUUUUCUCAAAUGGGUAUUGAUGAUUACUACAAAAUACUAAAGGUGAAUCGUGAUGCAACCUAUGAAGAGUUGAGCGAAUCGUUUAACAAUUUAUCAUUGAAAUGGCAUCCUGAUAAGAUUAAACAAUACCCUUUAAGGAAACAAGAGUUUGAGACAAAGUUUAAGAAAAUUUCUGAAGCUUAUGAUGUUCUUAGUGAUCCUAGGAAGCGUCAGAUCUAUGAUAAAUAUGGUAAAUAUCCUAUGAAUUUUGAUGGUUUCAAUGAUGGUGAUGGGAAUAAUAUUAAGGUAGAUGAAGAUGUUGGAGCUGUUGAGACUGAGUUUUAUUGUACUCUUGAAGAGCUUUAUAGGGGUUGCAGAAAGAAGGUUAAGAUAAUAAGGACUGUUCCUGAUGGGUUUGGGAGAACGAAGUGUGUAGAAGAACUCUUGAAGAUAUCUAUUAAACCUGGUUGGAAAAAGGGUACAAAAAUCACGUUUCCUGGGCAAGGAAAUGAACGACCAGGAUCUCCUCCAUCUGAUCUAAUCUUUGUGGUGAUGGAGACACCACAUGAUACAUUCAAAAGGGAUGGAAAUGAUUUGAUAAUGACUCAAAAGAUAUCACUUCUAGAAGCUCUUGUUGGAACGACUUUCAACGUAACAACCUUGGAUGGAAGAGAUAUCACAGUUGAAGUGACUGAUCUUGUUACGCCACAAUAUGAAAAGGUGGUUUCUGAUGAAGGUAUGCCACUUGCAAAGGAACCAAGUAAGAAAGGAAAGCUUAGAAUCAACUUUCAUGUUGAGUAUCCAUCAAUGCUAACCGCUCUACAAAAGCAUGAUGUAAGAAGGAUUUUGCGUGAUGCUACAUAUAACUAAUCUAUAAUUUUAGUCUAAUCUAAUGUUUUUAACUCUUAGUUAAUCUAGUAUUGUCAAAUAGCAGUUAUAGUAGCAUUAUACCGCUAUAGGCUAUAGAAUAGCGGAGUUUGAACAAACUGCUAUUUUCUGCAAUCCGCAAUUUGCUCGUUAACUUUCUUCUACUUCAGAUGUAAAUAACUUAAUAUGCAAUUCCACUAUUAGAUAUAUAUUAAAGCUAGCUUAAUUGUGAUUUUA